UCUAGCCCGCAUCACCAGCCACCCUCACUCCUCCCGCCCCGCCGCCAGCCGACUCCAGCCUGCUCAUUGGCCGUGUCUGCAGUGACGUCGUGGGGAUCGCAGACAGAACCCUCAACGCCCGGCGCGCGGGAGGUAUUGUCCGUCACUGGUGCUUUGUUACGUCGUAGCCUCCACCUGGCUGCGGGCGCGUCCUGGCAGCUGCAGCCCGGAGCCGGGUGCCAGCUGCUGCGGCCGCCGCCUCCGCCAUGGUGUCCCCGGUCACUGUGGUGAAGAGUGAGGGACCCAAGCUGGUGCCCUUCUUCAAAGCCACUUGUGUGUAUUUUGUGCUCUGGCUGCCCUCGUCCAGCCCGUCGUGGGUCAGCGCCCUCAUCAAGUGCCUGCCCAUCUUCUGCCUCUGGCUCUUCCUUCUGGCCCACGGCCUAGGAUUCCUGAUGGCCCACCCCAGUGCCACCCGCAUCUUUGUGGGGCUCGUCUUCUCUGCUCUAGGUGAUGCCUUCCUCAUCUGGCAGGACCAGGGCUACUUUGUGCACGGUCUGCUGAUGUUUGCUGUGACCCACAUGUUCUAUGCCUCGGCCUUUGGCAUGCGGCCACUGGCUCUUCGGACAGGCCUGGUGAUGGCAGUACUGUCGGGCCUGUGCUAUGCCCUCCUCUACCCAUGCCUCACAGGUGCCUUCACCUACCUGGUGGGGGUCUAUAUGGCCCUUAUCAGCUUCAUGGGCUGGCGGGCUGUGGCAGGGCUACAGCUGGUUGGGACUGCCUGGCGCUGGACUGAGCUGGCGGCGGGCAGCGGUGCACUGCUCUUUAUUGUCUCAGACCUGACCAUCGCCCUCAACAAGUUCUGCUUUCCUGUGCCCUACUCGCGGGCCCUCAUCAUGUCCACCUACUACGCCGCCCAGAUGCUCAUCGCCCUGUCAGCUGUCGAGAGCCGGGAGCCAGUGGAAGAUUACCGACCGAGCAAGGCCAAAUGAGGGGCCAGGUUCUGGUCACCCCUCUCUUCUCCUGGCGCUGGGGUCCAGAACCUGGGAACCUGCAAGAGCUGGAUCAGGAUGGCUGCAGUACCAGCCUGGGGCAGCAGGUACCAGCUGUGAAAUGCACAAGUUUGAGGGGAUAAGCAGGAAAAGGAUCUUUCUAGCAAAGCUAGUGGUCCAGGACAAUGCUGAGAACUAAAAAGAGCCAGUUUCAUGCUCCUUGCUGAGCCAGAAGAAGAUAUCUCCCCACCUCUACCCCAUCCAGACUGACAGAGCCCCUCUGGAGGGCCGUGGUGCUCAUCCUCUUAACCUCCCCUACUACUACUAGAUGGAAGCGUCUAGCUCACCCACUUCCAGCCUUUCUGAUUUGCACAGAGUUGAGGGAGGAGGGGAAGAGUCUGUGCUGAGGUGACCCACGUCCAGGGCUUGAAGCCCCUUUCACAGGCUCCUAGUUGGGAAGAAUGGAUGGGGUGGAGUCUCCCUUUCCCACAUCUAUCCUUGUUACUUGAACAAUCUUAAUCUCUAAGUGUUGGGUGGGAAGGUGAAGGAGUGUCUAUCCAGGUAGGCAAGAUUGGGGACUACUUUGGCCUGGGAGUUUGGGGUACCAAGGGUUCAAGUUGGUCCCAUCUCUCAAAGGCCGUCCCAGAACUCAGGCCCCACACCACCACCCUCAGACCCUAUCCCCAGGGCUAGGGUGAACCACGCCAAAGGAAGGGGCCAGCCUGUGCGUGCGUCUGUAUGUGAGUCUUGUGUGUGUGGUCUGUCUCCCAGCCUAGCUAUGUCUUACUCUGCCAGCUGUCUCUGACCUGCUGUGUGUCAAAGUCUUUUAGGGAGAGGGCCUCAGGGAGCUGCUGAGGGGUUGCUGAGCCUGGCUCAGAGAGCUGGGAUGCCCCCCACAUACACACCCACUCUCAGGUCUUUCCUCCUUGCCCCUUCUGCACUGGGAGUGAGAGGAGGGGGCUCCGGUGACACUCUAGGGUCAUAAGACCCGAGGCACAUUCAAUGCAAGGGGAGCAAGGAUGGGACAACUCCAUUCUAUUGCUCGUGUGAAAAAAAAAUAAAAAAUACCCAAGGGCCAUUGGCUGCUCUGCUUGUCUGCCUGUGUGGCACGUGCCUGUCUUGGAGAGUUGGAGGUGUGGGGCAUGGCGCCAGGGGCCCUGGAUGUCCUCACAGCCUGGGUCACAGUCCUGGCCGGUGCAUCUUGGCGCCAGGCUGGCUCCCUGGCUCUGUUGACACUGUGCUGGUUGGAGCUUGUCUCACUUCCUAAUCACGUGUGUGGGUGAGGAUGUAGAUCAAGAGGAUGGGGGAUGGGUAGUAUUUGCCACCGUCCAAACUUGACCUUGAUGCACUCCCCUGUGCACAGGUGCCCAGCACCUUUGGUGACUCCUAGUUACUCAGUGUCCUCUACUGCUACCCAACUCCUCCCCUCCCCACCCCAGACCUGCCAGCUGCUUCAAAAUGAUCCAGAUUCCCUUCAAGCAUCUCCUUUCUUCCUGGACUCUGGGCUCAGUUGAACAGCGGGGAGGAAUGAGAUUAGACUGUCUGGUUCAUACUUUAGAUGUGAAGCCCUGGCAGAAUAAUGUGUCACCCCACUCCAGGGGCAUUUGCAUCUUAAUGGGCAGCGCCCUGACCCAGAAGUAAAAAGGGAAGCCUUGGGUGGUGGUGAAUAUGCCGUCAGUAGAGGGGUUGUACAGUUGUGGGGAUGUGAUAAAGAGACUCAAGCCCCAUAUGGGUGUUGAAUGAAUCAGUGAUUUUCAAACGAGGGUUUUUACAGAGAUCCCUGCUAGUGGGAGCUAGCAAAAGAAUAAAGUAGAGGAGGAAGGCUCAAAGACUCCCUAUCCUUGUUUCAAGUCUAGUAGGUUCUUAAGAUUUUUUUUUUUUUUUUCUUUGCGGUACGCGGGCCUCUCACUGUUGUGGCCUCUCCCGUUGUGGAGCACAGGCUCCGGACGCGCAGGCUCAGUGGCCAUGGCUCACGGGCCCAGCCCCUCCGCGGCAUGUGGGAUCUUCCCGGACCAGGGCACGAACCUGUGUCCCCUGCAUCGGCAGGCGGACUCUCAACCACUGCGCCACCAGGGAAGCCCUUUUUUUUUUUUUUUUUAAAGGAAGGGUUUUCUGCUGCAAAACAUAAGUUUGAAAGCUGGCGAGCAGGAUGACCAAGCCGUUCUAGCUUUCAGAUGCUCUAAUUCUCAAAUAGUGGGAAACCCAGACACUAAAGAGGCAAGGUCCUGAUCCCUUCCAACCCCUGAACUCUGAAGACACACCUACCUGGAGUGAAGAAAUGGGAAGGGCAGGAUGGGGAGAAAGAUGCAGACUUCCCCUCUAUGCCCGGAGGGAGGGCAGGGUGCAGUGUGGCUGUGGAGGAGGGGAAGGCAAGGCGAGGCCCAGUCAGAAGGGGACUGGUCGUUCCCCACGUGGGUGGGUUGGGACCGAGCUCUCAGGGGUUGAUGUUCUAUGUAUCCCCAUCCUACACCCAAGUCUAUCUCCUUGGUCCCUGCUGCACACCAUGGUUAGGAACAGGCACAGGCGCACUCACUCAGUUUAUUGUCCCAUGCCUUCACUGAAUGUUUACGUUGACAAGCACCACAGAGGGAACCGGGUCUCUCUCACUGGGACCACACACAGAGGAUGGGCCAAGAAGCACCACCCACAU